AAGGGUCUCUACGGCGUGAGGCUUCUGGCAACAGUGAUCUUCCUUCAGUCAGCUGAUCGGCGUCAACAAAGAUGGACUCCAAGUUACGUUUUGAUGGGAAAGUUGCUAUUGUAACCGGUGCUGGAGGCGGUCUCGGCAAAGCCUAUGCCCUCUUGUUUGGUUCCCGCGGUGCCAAGGUUGUCGUAAAUGACUUGGGUGGCAGCAAGAAGGGAGAGGGCAGCAGCUCGAAGUUGGCGGACCAAGUGGUUGAGGAGAUUCGAAGUGCAGGUGGGACAGCAGUAGCCAACUAUGACUCCGUUGAGGAUGGUGACAAAAUAGUGAAGACGGCAUUGGAUAACUUUGGCAGAGUAGACAUUGUGGUGAACAAUGCUGGCAUCCUGCGUGACCGAUCCUUUGCCCGCAUCUCGGACACGGAUUGGGACCUGAUCCAGCGAGUACACCUCCGGGGCUCUUUCAUGGUGACGAGAGCAGCCUUCCCCAUCAUGAAGGAACAGAAGUUUGGCCGCAUCAUCAUGACCGCAUCCACGUCCGGCAUUUACGGCAACUUCGGCCAAGCUAAUUAUGGGGCAGCAAAACUUGGUCUGCUUGGCUUGAGUAACACAGUUGCAAUUGAAGGGCGGAAAUAUAACAUCCAUUGCAACACGAUUGCCCCCGUGGGCGGAACACGCUUGACGGAAGGCAUCUUGCCACCUGACUUGUUUGACCAGUUAAAGCCAGAGUACGUGGCCCCACUUGUUGCCUGGCUCUGUCACGAGGACUGUGAGGACACGGGCGGCCUUUUCGAAGCGGCUGGUGGAUGGUAUGGAAAGUACAGAUGGGAGCGCACCCAAGGGCAUUUCUGCAGGAAGUAUAUAGAGGAAGAGGUCACCCCAGAGGCUGUUCGUGACAGCUGGGAAAAGAUUACGGACUUUACCGAUGCCUAUCACCCUGCAAGUAACCACGAAGAUACGGGGAUAUUAGCUGCUGGUUUACAAGACUUGAAGCCAUGGAAGGAGAUUCAGGCCAAACCUGCAUCUGCAACAGGAGCUGUCACAUCAGGGCCAAUAUCGGCUGUUGGUGUGAAAGUUGGACCCUCAAGCUUCACCUAUGAGCCAAAAGAUGUCAUCCUUUAUGCCCUUGGAGUGGGUGCUUCAGUGCAGGACGAAGAUGGCCUCAAGUUCUUGUAUGAGAAUGACGAGGACUUCACCCCCCUGCCCACCUUCUCCAUCGUGCCUUCACAAGCGGUCAUGUUUGGUGGUAAUCUGUGGAGCAAUAUUCCCGGAUGGAGCGUUGAUUUGACCAAGCUUCUGCACGGAGAGAUGUACAUCGAGUGCGUGAAGCCCCUCGCUUCUGGAGCAACACUCAAUACAUCCUUGGAGGUGGUGGACGUCCUGGACAAGAAAUCUGGAGCAGUAAUGAUCAUAGACACUCUGACGACUGAUGAGAGUGGUGAAACUGUCGCGAAAGCCCAGUGGUCAACCUUCCAUGUAGGAGAUGGGAACUUUGGUGGCCCGAGAACGAGCAACCGCUUAGUACCCCUCUGUGACCCCCCGAGCAGGAAGCCUGAUGCCACGGAGGAAUUCAAGACAGAUGUGGAUCAAGCUGCCUUGUAUCGGCUCAGUGGGGAUCGCAACCCUAUGCACAUCGACCCUUCCUUUGCCGCCAUGGGAGGGUUCCAGCAGCCCAUCCUUCAUGGACUGUGCUCCUAUGGGAUUACCUGUCGCAUUAUCUUGAAGCAUUUCUGUGGCAACGAUGUUAGCAAAUUCAAGGCCAUUAAGUGUCGCUUUGCAAAGCCAGUGCUCCCAGGUCAGACCCUUGUAGUCAACAUGUGGAAGGAAGGAGCACGCGUGUUCUUCACUUGCUCUGUCAAGGAGACGGGGAAGGACUGUCUCACAGGUGGCUAUGUGGAUAUUGUGGAAAGCGGAGCCUCCGCUGAAUCCGCAUCCGCUCCAUCUAAGCCAGAACUCGCCAGUGCAGCAGUCUUCCAUGAAAUGUCACAGCGUCUGGCUGGCGAUCCGGACAUGGCUAAAAAAGUGAAGGCUGUUUUCCUGUGGAACAUAAACUUGGACAAGAAGCCAGUUGGGCAGUGGACGGUAGACCUGAAGAACGCCCCGGGCUCCAUCUACGAGGGAGCGCCACGCAAUGGACUCAAACCCGACGUCACCCUCACCCUGGAGGAUGCCGAUUUGGUUGCCAUGGUGACUGGGAAGCUCAACGCCCAGAAGGCCUUCAUGUCCGGCAAACUCAAGGUCUCCGGGAAAGUGAUGCUGACCCAGAAGUUGCAGGGCCUGUUGAAGCCCCAGGCCAAGAUGUGAGGGGUUUAAUGGAGGGUUGGGGGGGGGGUGUGAUGGGGUAGGAGGGGUUAGAGGAAGAAGGGGAGGAUGGGUUGGAGGGGAAGAAAUGGUGGAAGAUGCAUUUAAUUGUGGAGGAUGUCAGGACAGACUAAUGGUUUACUGUUAUAUUUUGUUGACUUUUCUUCUUACAGAUUUGUAUUAGUCAUUUGUUGAACACACACAAGUGCACACACAUACAUACACCCACAUGCACAAGCACACAAAUAAGCACACACAUACAUACAACCAUAUGCACACACAUUUUUAUGUAUGCACACGUUUGCAAGUAUAUUGUGAAGUUGGUUGUAAUACUUUUUUGUAAAUAUGAUCCUUUUAAGUUGUUAUUAAGGAAACAUUGCUUUCAGAAAUAAGAUUUAUUGUAGAAUAUCAAAUUUAUAUUAUAUUUUUAAAAUUUCAGUUAUCAGAGGUUUUAUUAUGAAAUAUAUUCUUAUAGACUUAGUAAUUAAUUUUAAAAUGCUGAAUUAUUUUUAAGUAUGGAAUUACCUAAAAGUUUUCCUGAGGUUCUAGUGCUUUGCAAAAAGGUUUUAAGGGAAAUUCUUUGAAUUCAUUUAGAAUAUUUAAUGCACUUUCAUGUUGUACAAAGAGAUACAUUUACAAGUUUUUAUUCAUUUUCAUUAUGUAUUGUGUAAUC